AUGGUCAAGGCCAAUGCUAAUGCAGUUCCCGCUGCAACUGCGCCGGGGGUUUACAGUGCAGUGUAUAGUGGAAUACCUGUAUACGAGUUUCAGUUCGGUGCGGAUCUGAAGGAACAUGUUAUGCGCAGGAGGCACGACAACUGGAUCAAUGCAACACAUAUCCUGAAGGCCGCUGGCUUCGAUAAGCCAGCUCGAACCAGAAUCCUCGAACGAGAUGUGCAAAAGGACGUUCAUGAAAAGAUUCAGGGUGGAUAUGGAAAAUAUCAAGGCACGUGGAUACCACUCGAAAGCGGACAAGCAUUAGCAGAGCGACAUAGCGUGAUCGAUCGACUACGGCCCAUCUUCGAAUACACAGCCGGUGCAGAGAGUCCUCCUCCCGCUCCAAGGCAUGCAAGCAAGCCCAAGGGGCCGAAAUCCAAGCCUCCGCUACCCAAAUGGAACAAUCCUCCCCCUCAACCUCCACCACCUGCUCCAGCGCCUGUGGUUCAUGAGGACCCCGAUACCAUAAUGGGCGACGAAGAUACCCCUGACAAUCUCACAAUCGCAUCAGCUUCGUACAUGGCUGAAGACGAACGCUUCGAGCUGCCUCAAGCACCAGGCACGGGCCGAAAACGCAGAAGAGACGACAGCAACCUCCAAGAUCUUACCGAACAACAACAUGCUCUAUAUGGAGACGAACUGCUUGACUACUUCCUGCUGAGCAAGACAGAUCAGCCUGCAGUCAAGCCUGACCCGCCCGCCAAUUUCCAGCCUAAUUGGCCUAUCGAUGCGGAAGCUCAUACGGCGCUUCACUGGGCGUCAGCAAUGGGAGACGUGGAUGUUGUGAAGCAGCUGAAACGAUUCAAUGCGUCUUCGACAGUUAAAAACAUACGAGGUGAAACGCCUUUCAUGCACUCAGUCAACUUUACGAACUGUUAUGAGAAACAGAGCUUCCCAGUGGUGAUGAAAGAGCUAUUUGAAACAUUUGAUGCUCGUGACAAUAUGGGUUGCACCGUGAUUCAUCAUGCAGCUGUGAUGAAGAAUGGUAGAGUCUUCAACUCAUCAUGCUCACGGUACUACUUGGAUCAUAUCUUGAACAAACUGCAAGAAACCCUGGAACCUAGUGCGUUCCAGCAAUUGCUGGAUAUUCAAGAUAACGAAGGGAAUACAGCAUUGCAUCUCGCAGCACAGCGAAACGCGAGAAAAUGCAUCCGUGCAUUGCUGGGACGCAAUGCUUCAUCGGAUCUCACGAAUAACGAAGGAAUCAGAGCUGAGGAUUUAAUUAUGGACUUGAACGCGAGUAAGAGAGACCGCGGGCCUCAACGGUCGUCAUCACCCUUUGCCCCUGAGUCUCAACGCCAUGCGUCUUUCAAAGAUGCACUGAUUGAGAAGGCGAACCGACAGCCUCCAACGGCCUUCCAAUCUGCGGCAGCAAACACGGUGCAGUCACGCAUCACACCCCUAAUUAUGGAAAAGUUUCAGGAUCUAGCUAAAAGCUACGAAGAGGAAUGGCGUGAGAAGGACGUGGCAGAGACAGAGGCGAAACGGAUCUUGUCCAACACUCAAGCAGAUUUGACAACAGUUCGACAAAACAUUACAGAUGUCGAGGGACAGCUCGAGUCAGAGGAGGCAGCAUCCAGGCACGCGACCGAAGCCAACCUGGCCAAACAUCAAGUGCUGUCACUCAUCACACACCAAAACCGCUUACACGUUCAGCGGUCGGUGGACAGUGAACUUAGUCGCAUCAAUGGUGACGGAGGCGUGCAGGAGGAGUCAUACGAGGAGAGGCUGAGCCUCGCCCGACAGCUGAGCUCAUUACUUACCGAGCAACGGCAAGCUGAGAUGGACUACGUCGAGGCGUUGAGCACUGUUGGCACGGGGGAUAAGAUUGAGAAGUACAGACGGUUACUUAAGCGGUGUCUUGACCCGAAGGAGGCUGAGAGCCUGGACACAAAUCUCGACAGUCUGAUCGAGAUGAUGGAAGAAGAGCGGGAAGGAGAUGGUAUGGUCGGCGCUAUGGAGGCCGAGCCAAUGGACCUGGGAGUUGGCAUUUGA